AUGCAGUGGCUUUCCAAUACCGUCCGUCGCUUAAUGCCUACAGCCAACAUAACGGACUUCAACUUCGUCUCCUUCAGCGAAGAGAAGGCCGAUUUCUCCAUCACCGUUGCCGUAACAAACCCGAGCUUUCUCCCAAUCCCCCUCGCCGACGUCAACUACUUCCUCGAAAGCCAAAAAAUUCGCCCUGUUUGCGGUUCCCUCACCGGCCUGAAGGCCAUAAAAGCCCACAACACGCACGUUAUCACGGUCCCAAUCUCCAUCAUUUACAACAACAUGAUAGAUUUCUACAGCAGCUUGAAGCCUGGAACCCUUGUGCCUUACAAAGCUGGGGUUGAAGUUAUAUUGUAUUUGCCCUUUAUAGGAAGGUUUAUUGUACCGGUGGAGAAGAAGAGUGAGUUUCUGAUGCCUUUCGUGCCUCGGAUUCAGCUCAGGGAGAUUGCAACGGUCGGAAUGGUUUCAAAUGAGGAGGUGAACGUUAAGGUGGGGUUUGAGGUGGAGAAUGCGAUUGGGUAUGUAGUUCGGAAUAAUUGGUUGGAGAUUGGAGCUUUUGUUAAUGGCGUGAAGAAGAAGGUUGGGUCUUUGAAGCUUGAGGGUGGGAAGGUGGAGAUGAGGGAGAAAGGGAGUGGUUUUUUUAGGGUUUUAGUGUGUUUGAGGGGGGAGGAUAUUGUGCUAGGGUUGUGGGAAAUGAUGAGGAGAAGAAAAGGUUUUGUCUUUGAGGGGGAAGUUGAUGUGGAGACUCCUAUGGGUCAAAUUAAAUCUCCAUUUAAUUUGGAGCUAUAA